UAGCAUCUCUAUGCCGCCUGCGAGCACGGCAUGUCCCAAUGAUUCGAAUGGUGGUGAGGAGAAUGAUGACAAUGGUGAUGAGAAUGAUGACAAUGGUGAUGAGAACGAUGAUGAGAAUGAUGAUGAGAAUGAUGACAAUGAUGAUGAGCAUGAUGACAAUGGUGAUGAGAAUGAUGACAAUGAUGAUGAGCAUGAUGACAAUGAUGAUGAGCAUGAUGACAAUGGUGAUGAGCAUGAUGACAAUGGUGAUGAGAAUGAUGACGAUGGUGAUGAGAAUGAUGACAAUGAUGAUGAGCAUGAUGACAAUGGUGAUGAGAAUGAUGACAAUGAUGAUGAGCAUGAUGACAAUGGUGAUGAGAAUGAUGACAAUGGUGAUGAGAAUGAUGACAAUGAUGAUGAGCAUGAUGACAAUGGUGAUGAGAAUGAUGACAAUGAUGAUGAGCAUGAUGACAAUGGUGAUGAGAAUGAUGACAAUGGUGAUGAGAAUGAUGACAAUGGUGAUGAGAAUGAUGACGAUGACGAUGAUGAUGACGCAAGCAACUUACCCAAGUAUGUGUAGCGAACAUGCCCAUUUUCAGA